UGUUGAUGUUUUUUUUACUCAUUCAUUUUUUUUUAUUUCUUUCGUACUACUUCCGCUGAUAACCAACAGUGCGGGCUCUCUCUAUAAACCAUAUCGGGAUCCCUGUGGUAGAUCCCUCAAACCAAAUGCAAAAUGGCGGAAAGAUCCAAUGCAGGGAUACAGCUAACAUUCGCUUUAGUAGCUCUCAUAGCAGCCAUUUUAUACAGUGGAAAAGCUCAAUUCUUGCUGAACAAACUUAAUAAAAUUGUUCAUGGAAAACAUGGAUGUGCUCCGAUAGCCGAUCUUGGUCAGGYCACUUUACAUUAUUUUGGCGUUCGUGGCAAAGCCGAAGGUAUUCGCUUUAUACUUGAAGAUAACCAGGUUCCGUAUGCAGAAACGAACUUUACMAAGGAAGAUUGGCCCCUUAUAAAAGAAAAGGGAAUAAGUACAGGGCUCUUUACAUUUGGWCAGGUUCCUGCAAUAACGACUACAAGUGGACUUCAACUUGUUCAAAGUAGAGCCAUAAUGCACCAUCUUGGGCGUUCACUUGGUUUGGACUGUGAUUGUCAAGACUUGCAUACUUGUGAGGUUUUAGUGCAAGGAGCAGAUGACCUUCGAAAUAAACUCGGAGCAGUYCUCUAUAGUUCAUCCUUUUCUUCAAAAACCAGAGACAAGCACAUCAACGAUGUUGUCAUCCCCUGGCUGAAGUACUUUGAAAGGUUAUCACCAGUAUCAAAAGAACAGUCMGCUUCAGAUUCUGAGAAAAMGWCUGASGAUGAAGGUGCUCAAGGAGAAGUAUACUGGGUUGGAGAUCGUAGAACCUGGAUUGAUUAUGUUGUAUUUGAGCUUCUAGAUAGCCAUGUUGAAUUUGGAAAGCUUACAUUUAAAGAAACUGCCCCAAAAAUUGAUGUAUUAGAAAGCUUGCCUAACUUGAAGUUUUUUUAUGAGUCUUUCGGAAGUAGGGCUAACUUACAACGGUAUCUGAAUGCUAAGCAUAGAUAUCCAUUCUGGAGGUUUGAUUAGAUUGAUUUUCCAUCUUCUGCACACAAAAAAGAAAUGUAUUAACACAAAAACCUUCAUUAUUUGUGUUUGUUGAUAAAGAACAAAAGACUAGAUAGUCUGCUAUGGAACGGUUUUACUUUAAGAUGACAACUUAAAUUCAUUUUAACUAUUAGUAUUUAUUGAAAAAAUCACUUUCACAGUUGGAUUAGCAUGAGUGGGAUUUUAAAUGUGGGCUUCCUGUGGUAAGAUAAAAGAAAAGCUGGUAUCAAGUGAACACAGUUAAUAUUUCAAAAAUGAUUUCAAAUUGUUGGGCUAAAUUUAUGUGGUAUGUAUACAAUAUUUCAUUGCCAAAUAACAGAAAUAAGCACAACUAGGAUUGAAAUAAUGCAAACCAAAGUGAAUCAUAAGAAUAUGGUGUUUUUAAAACACUUCAUCACAAGUAAUCUGGUUCAUUAUAGACAAUUGAUUAAAUCAAAUUUGAAGAGAGAGGGGAGUUUGUGUUAUCUAUUACAAUGUAUCUAUAUUUUCGAUAUACUUUCAAACAUAAACAUAAAGGCUCGUAAGGGAUGCCCCUUAACCAUAGACCUUUAAGUUUAACGGUCAUUAGUGACCUACCUUUGCAUGUUUGCAUGCGUCUUGUGAAGUUAUUGACAUUUUUUGCAUUUUGAAAUUAUUGUCCAGACAAUACAUUAGUUUGCAGUCUGUAUGAAUAUCUAUGAAUUGGACACUAUGCUAUUAAAAUAAACAUWUGCACACA